AUGAAGGCUACUCUCCGGCCCAAUCGGCUCCUCCUGCCCACCGCGAAGCUGCACGCUAGGGAAACACUACAUCCUGUAACAAGUCGAAAUGUGUCGUCCACCGCUUCAGCCAGCUCAUCCAGAGCAUCCGCUCUCGCCAAAGCAGCCGAAGCCUCUGCCACAGCCUCCGAGCGUCUAGCAGCGGGAGGUGCACCCAUCCUAGGGCCCUCGUACACCUUGCGCCAAGACGCCAACAAGCUAGACUCCUCCACCCACCGUAUCUUCUCCGACCACGACGAGGCGCACGCCUAUCUCAACCUCAGCUCUUCCCAAGCACGUCGCUCGCGCGCAGCCCGAUUCGGCACCAAUCGACAUACCACCUACGCAUCUCCUACAGCUGCAGUACACGAGUCCUCCCGAUAUGCUGCGGCCGCUGAGGAGCAGGACGAAGACGAGCAGCUCGCUCUAGCGUACGCAUCGCCUACGGGCACAUCUACAUCGUCGAUCUACCUGCCCGAGUACGUCGCGUGGGCCAUCUCGCAGCUCAUUGCGGCUGCGAACGAUCCGAAGCUGCUGCGUGCCGACCACUUGAAGCUGGCACACCUGACGGAUCCACAGGAACACAUGGCAGAGGCAGCCCAUAUCCCGCCCAAGCGCUCGUCGCUGCUUCACCUCGCGACAGUCUCGCCGCACCGAUACGCUGCGAUCCUCGCCGUACUCGCCGAAGUCAGGCAGAGGCUGUCGACGCCUGUUUUUGCGCAGGGCUCUGACGCGGAGGUGAUGGAGAAGGCCUUGCCGCGAUGGGCGCCGGACACCGUGUUGGAUUUCGACUGUGCGGCAGGCGAGGGGCUCUGGGCGGCGGCCCAGGUGUUCAGGCAGGACGAGGCGGAUCCCCGCAGCUCUACCUCUGUGCAGCGGUAUCAUGGCUACGACCGUCGCCCCAACCUGCUGAAAAGCGGGAAGAAAGUGGCGCAGAGCUCGUCGUCCAACGUGUCCCCCGCUGACCCGGUGAAGCCGUCGCGCGAAGUCAAGCUGAAGGACGAGGGCGAGCAGAUCGAAGUCGACGGCAUCACGUACUACGAGCAAGACUCGUCUGACGUUGAUCUAGCUCUAGAAGAAACCGCCGAGGAAGAAGAGGGCGAGACAGACCAGCCAGUAGCACACGAGUACUUCUCCGGGCCCAAAUCCGCCAUGUCCUCUGUCGAAAAGACGUUCCAAUCUGUGCCGCUCGCCAAGGACCUCACCUCGCUCUCCCAAAACGGCCGCACUCUUGCGCUUUCGGCAUUCGCACUCAGCCUCAUGACCAACGACACAAACCGCUUCGAAGCGGUGAAGGCCAUGUGGGACUCGGGUGCCGACGUCAUUGUCAUCAUCGACCAGGCCACUCCCCGAGGCUUCGCCAGUGUCGCCUCAGCCCGCGCGCAGCUUCUCCAGCUCGGCAAACAGCACGCUUCUGCACAGGGGGGAGGAGCCGCCCACGUCGUCGCCCCCUGCUCGCACGACAAGCCGUGUCCGUUGCUGCACCCUUUCGCGAUCGGCUCUGCGGCCGCCGCCGCGGUGGGAGCGCGCUCGGAUACGGGCAACCCGGCAAAGUCCAAGGACGUGUGUGGCUUUACCGCGCGCUACCAUACCCCGACGUUUUUGAGGCGCACGAAGCACUCGGAUCGGGGGGAGGAGAAUGUCGGGUACAGCUAUGUUGUGGUUCGACGCGGGGCACGGCCGAGCUUGGUAGGCGAGGCGCGCCGGAGGUUGGCGGUUGGCGAGCAGAGGGGGGAUGCUGAUGCGGAUGAAGUGGCGGCCGUGGUGCAACAGCUGGCAGGCGAAGCGAGCACGACAAAGACGGGCAUUUUGGACUUGCUGAGGAACGCGAAGAAGGCGAGUGUGGAGAGGCGGAUGUUGCAGGAGGUGGAUGCGAAUGCCGCACUCACUGCGGGGGUAGAAGCAGCGCCAAAUGCUGAGGUUGGAGAGGGGAAGGAGGAGAUGUCGGACCAACAGGCGAUGGACGAGCUGCUCAAGCUUCUGCCAGACGCUGUUAGGGCCGAAUUCACACAAGGUUCCACCGCCGGCUCCAACAAUGCCCAAAUGACGCCGGAACAGCUGGACGCCAUCAUGGCCUCGGUUCGAACCUCGCUCUCUCCUCCCACUCCCUCCUCCGCCGCAUCAUCAUCAUCAUCAACAUCGGCUGACGUCUCCGACGAACGAGACGCCAACGCCGACGCCGACGCACACACGAUCAGCGUGGCAGCGCCAACGGUCGAAUCGGAGCUCGCGAUGCGACUGGAAUCGUACGCGUGGCCACGGCUGAUCAAGGCACCGCUGAAGAAGGGCGGCCACGUGACGCUCGACGCUUGCUGUGCAUCGGGCAACAUUGAACGGUUCACGAUCAGCAAAGCCUCGGGGAAGCAGGCAUACCAGGAUGCGCGCAAGUCCAAGUGGGGGGAUCUGUUCCCGCACCCGUCGCGGUCCAAGAGCGUCAUCAAGGUGCUGAACCCCGUGUUUGCCGUCGAGAUGCAGGAGCAGGAGCAGGGCGGGACGGAACGAGAGGGGAAUGUGAUGGAUCAGCUGGUGCUGCGUGCUCCGAGCAAGCUGAACAACCACGGUGCGGGCGGGAAGAAAGGGUGGAGUGUGGUGGGGUCGGGCGAGGAGGACGAAGAGUCGAUCCUGCGCGAGCUGUUCGAAGACCUACCCGACGACCAUGCCUCCGCCGGCGCUACCGGCAGCCGAUGGGACCACAUCGACAAAGGCCAGGCCGCAUACAAACUCAUCUCGCCCAACCUCGUGACACCAACCAAGAAGCAGACGAAACGACUCGCGAUCAACUACAACAACAAAUGGCUCGGCCCCGCCGCAACCGCCAAGCCGAACCAACGCGUCCAGCGUUCCACCCCGCCUACUGUCAUCAACAGCGAAGACCACCAGGCCCGCUUCGAGAGCAGUCUCGACAAGGGCGUCCAACACCGCCGCUCAUCGCGAAAAAAGAGCAGAGGCGACUGGGACACCGAGCUUUUUGGCUAG